CACACUGCUGGCAUUAAGAGAGGACAUCUUCAGGAUAUGGCUUUAUGGUUCGGUAGUAAUCCUCCCCGUGAGGAUAUGUCUGUUGAAGACAUCGAAGAGGAGAUUGAGGAAGAGAUUGAGGAGGAGAUUGAGGGGGAGAUUGAGGAGUUAACAGAGGAAGUUGAUGAGAAAAUAGUGGAGUUUCAGGAGUAUGCAGAGGUAGAUAUUAUGAAGGAGGUUCAGGAUCAGCCCUCUGUCUACAACAGAGAAGACUACUCCUACAGUUCCUUCGCAGAGACAGAGGAAUCUGAGAUAUCUGAGAGAUCUGAGAAAUUAGCUGGUCUUCACAAAGCUCUAGAAAAAGAGAAAAGAGCCAAAGCUGCUCUUGAAGAGGCUUUGAGGAAGGAAAAAACAUCCAAAGCUCAACACAAAGGAGCCCUGAAGCAGGAGCGAAAAGAAAAAGACGCUCUUGCCAAGGCUCUGAGGAAGGAGCAAGCUGAGAAAAACCGUCUUCGAGUUGAUAUGGAGCACAUGAAGGCACAGGUGGCUGAUCUCAAGAAGUCACAGAGAGAGCAGCAGCGGAGAAAAGCAAAGCUGAAAUCCACAAUCACCGGAAUGGCUGCUGAGCUCGAAGAGGACAAGAACGUGAUUGAGAAGCUCCAGAAGGAUCUGGAGGCGUCUUCUUGUCAGCAAGAAAAAGAAAUCGCACAGCGUGAUCAGGUGAAUUGUGCCGAAAUCAAGGCACUAAAGGAUCGCAUCAUUGAGCAGUAUGAUGAAAGUCUAGAAAAAGACAAUCAAAUUCAAUACCUGCAUCUCAAUCUUCAGAAUCUUCAAAGCAAUAUUGAAUCCAAGGACAACAUGGUUUCCUCACUGCAGCAGAAAGUGAACCAGUGCGCCUCAGAUCUCAAAGAGGAACAAACUAAAAAAUGGUCCCUCCAGAGGAAUUAUGAAGCCGCUGUCUCCCAGCAGCAGAAGGAAGCAGAAGAACUAGACCAUCUGACUCAUGAGAACCAACAACUCGCUUCUGAAAAAAAAGGGCUGCAAGGUGAACUUGAGGCUGCUGUAAAUGAGCGGCAGCUUCAUCAUAAACAUCUUCAGGAAGCCAGAGAAGCUUGCAGCAGACUUGAGAAGGCCAUUAAGACGGAGAAAGUUUGCUUCUCGACAGCAUAUAACAAGAUCCAGAUCCUAGAGAAGGAGCUCUCUGAGAAGAGUCUGGCUUUAGAAAAGAGCCAGACUGCUGAAAGAUUCUUAAGGUUGCUUGUCAAAAACGAGAAGAAGCGCUAUGAGCAGUUGGUUUUAGUAAAGCAGGCUGCAGUUGAACCUCUUGCAAGCCCCAGCAACCAGCUGAGAGAAGCAUCUGCGACCUCAGACCGUCUGAUGUACGACAUGCAGACUUUGAGGAUGGAGAAUGCAGACGUUAGGGCUAAAUUCAACGUUAUGGAGACAGAAUAUGACAGAAUAAGAUCUAAAUUCUGCUCUCUCUCUGAGCGCCAUGAAGAGAUGAUGUUAAAGAAUAAUGAUAUCAUCUCUGAGAAUAAGUUGACCAUCACUAAGCUCCAGUUCAUGGUAGAUGGGUUCAAAGAGCAGCUGUCAGACAGCAAAGCGAGACAGGCAGAACUUGAAGAUGCCUUAAAACAGGACCAGAAACAAAACCCGGAGUUACAGCAAAGAGUUGAUCAGCUCACCUCUGCUCUUGAAAAAGUAUGGACCAGAUGUGAGAAGCACCGCGUGGAACUCAAAGAGGCUUUGACAAAGCAGAUUGAAACAAUGGAGGAGAAGCAGAAGUUGGCCGUGGCUCUGCAGAAAGCUCACGACAGCUACGCCAGGCUUCAGGAACAACAGUCAAACUAUCAGUACAGACACGUCAGUGACACUGAGCUCAGACUCAACCAGCAGAAAACUGCCCUGGAUGAGAGCGCAAAGGCUCUACAACAUCUGCAACGAGAAUACACACAUCUGGGAAGGAGGCACAGUGACAUUAAUUCUGACUAUUGUGAGCUGCUUAAAACUCACAGUGCCCUCCAAAUCAGAUAUGAGAGGCUCAGCUAUGCACAAGGUAACCCACGACCAGAAUUCAGCCCACCUCUGUUCGCAGUAAAACCCUAAUGUUUUGGUAUACACGACAUCUAUUUCCAGUGGUGUAACUUAAGUAAAAGUACCAAUAUUACAGUGGUUACAGGUUCAAAUCCAGGUCGUUCCCGAAACGACCUGGAUUUGAACCUAGAACAUGCAUUUCUGUGUUGAGUUUGCAUGUUCUCCCCAUGUUUUCUCCGGGUGCUCCGGUU